UACACGUUGACUUUUUAUUCUAAACAUUUACAAAAUGAAUAAUGUGUGCUUGAACUGUGGGGGUUAUGGGAGUGCUAUGUAAUGAUUACAUUUGAAUAUAAUGCAUUUAAUUUUUUUUUUUAAACGACAAAAAGAUACGACAAGCGAUUAAACUAUAUACCGCAACCGUCAAGGAUUAGGUAACAUAACGAUCGAAAUGUUAUCAUGCUAUGUGGUUAGAUAAAUAGUUUUGUUUAAAAAAGAAGAGAAAACGCUGACAUUCAAUUGCACCAGGUAAUCAAAGGUAACGAUGACCUCACGGUCACAGGUGGUUAGUUUUAUAUUUCCCUAUUUCUAUUUCCUGUCAAAAUAGCAGUUUUAGUACAUUUUUCUUACGCGUGGUUAAAAUGUAUCUGACUGUGUUGGGAAAGUAAAUUUUUACACAUAUAUUUGGGACAAAAACAGAUAACAUAUUAUGUAACAUGGACCACCAAUGUAUUGUUGUCAGUUGUAACUAAAGUAGAAAAGAGUACCAAAAAAUCGAAGAACUAAAAGGUAGAGUUACCUGAAUUGAAGGAUUAUCCUGUUAUGAUAUUAACAAAAGAACCGAUAAGAACUAACAAAGGGGGCAGUUUAAACGCGGAUAUCAAUAACCUGGAUCGUUCAGAUCAUCUCAGUAUGUAUGCAUUGGUUAGAUUUAUUGCAUACGUUUUAUUUAACUGAAGACACUACACAUUUCAAGUUGUGGGAAAAAGAUCAAAAUAUUUAUGACAUUAGUGUUGUAUUUUUGUUAACACAAUAACAUACAUCCGAUGUGUUUAGUCACCUAGAUACUUGUGUAAAAGUUUUAUACCGAUGGAGAACAUUAACGUUAUAAAUAUUCAGGAAGUACACCAAUCGCUUCAAUACAUUUAGAUUGAGUAUUAAGGAAUAUAUUUUCGUAGAGGAAAUUACUUUUGUUGUCCUGUAUUGACUGAUGUCAGUUUGGUCAGUAGCUAUUGUCAAACAGGUUCACUCAAAUUAUAUUUAGAAAUAUGACGAGUUUUCUUUAACAAUUUCAGAAACAGCGUAAUACUGAAUAGUGCAGAUGUGAUAAUCAGCGUUGAAAAUUACAUUAUACAAUCUGGUUUGACUUUUUACGCAAGUGUAAAUUUAAUUAUAGUGGAAUAUUCCACAUGGUAGAUACUGAAAGUUGUGAAACGAAUAUCAUUGUGUUGUGGAAGUGCAUACGAUAAAUAAGUAAAUAACUCUACAGACAUUUCAAAUUAAUUAUUCAUGGAAAAUAUGAAACGACCUCCAUAACGGAACGAAGUGUUUUAUUAUCAUUCAUGCUUAUUAAAUGGUGAAUUAGGAUAAUAAAAAAAAGUAACAAAUGCACGGCAAUUUAUCAGAAAGUGUUUUGUCAGUUACCUUAGAAGAUUUAAAUGAUGAAGAAACGGCACAGCGUCUUGCACCUAUAAUAUAUCUAUCGUUUUUGACAUUGGUUGGAACUCCAGGAAACUUGCUUGUUAUUGCAGUUUACACUUUCACAAUUAAAAGAAGAUCUACACACCGACUAUUCAUAACAGCUUUAGCAGUGACGGAUUUCUUGGUAUGUACAGUCGCAGUCCCAUUUGAAAUAGCCCAAAUGACUAACCAACUGACAUUUUAUUCUGAGUGGGCUUGUAAAAUAUUCCGUUCUAUGAAUGUUUUACUUGCUCUUUUGUCUUCUUUCAUUUUAAUAGCGUUGUCAGCAGAUCGCACUCGACGUGUAAUUCAACCGCUUAAGUUACAGAUGACAAUACGUCAGGCAAUUUGGUGCAUUUUUCUUAUUACUUUAGUUGCAUUUAUUUUCGCGUUGCCCGAAGCAGUCAUAAGCGGUAUAAGUAUAGAGGAUUUAGAAAAUAAUUUAACAGGAUACGAUUGCAGUUUUUCGGAUAGGUACAAGGAUAAAGCGUAUACUACUGUAUAUAGUUCUACUCUUCUAGCAAUUUAUAUUGGAUGUAUAUUCGCUUUAAUUGUUAUGUAUUCAAUUAUCGGACGACAAGUGUUGAGUCACGUGCACUUUAGAAGUACUUUCAUCAGACAAAAUGGAACCGACAAUCAUUCAACAGCAUCUACAAACAAACUAGACAGAAAUGAAAUUAAGCUUAGCCUAGAAGAGACAUGUGAUAGUAUAGAUAUAGACGAAGAUGAGUCUCGGAGUAAACAACUUUCCGAACUAAAGUCAAGUAGAGAAAGUACCAUGAAAUGUAACACCAAAUCUCCUGAUAGGCGACAUUGUGCAAUGAGACAAGAAAACUCUUCUAAGAAAGUGACAAAAAUAGCAUUUGCAAUUAGCUUUUGUUUUAUUUUGAGUUAUGUACCGUACGUUGCUGUAAAACUAAACGCUUCCAUUGCAAGUGGACAUUUUACCUCGAACGCUACAACUAAAGCAAUAUUUCCAAUUCUUGGGAGAACGUUUAUCAUAAACAACAUAGUCAAUCCUAUUAUUUACGGUUUUCUGGACCAGAAAUUUCGUCAAAAGUGUAAGAUCAUAUUCAGGCAUUUGACGUGCAGGAUGUAACGAAAGGAAAAAUAACACUUAAAAGUGUAGUAUCACUCAUUCAUGAAAUCACUGUCUUUUUAUAGACUGCGUAAGUUUACAGGUGUAGGCGAAACCACUAAAUGUGGUUGUACAUUGUACUUAACAUUUAUAAGAAGUAUUUGUUUCCGUUUAGUAUUAUAAAAUCUUACACAAUCAAAUCAAAUUAUUAAAUAAAUAAUCCUCCUUAA